CCACCGUGAGCGAACGUUUGGCUCUUCGCCGCAGGAAACAGCACAUCUACUGACCUUCUCUAGACCAUGGCACCGACACGUCCCGAGAAUGAUCGCUUGAGCGCCUGGACAGCCUUCCCAAAGCAUCCUUCGACGCGGCAAACAAGCAACAUGUGGCGACCUGUCUCCCCGGCACGCGGCGCGACGUCCUCGAACAGAUCAGGAGAUGGGCCGACGGAGACGGCGGACAACGGAUAUACUGGCUCAAGGGCAUGGCUGGCACGGGCAAGUCGACGAUCGCGCUGACGAUCGCGCGCGAAUACAGCGACAAGAAGCGGCUCGGCGCGAGCUUCUUCUCGAGGGGCGGAGGCGACCUCGCGUCGACACGGAAGUUCGCCGCGACGGUCGCCGUCCAGCUUGCGGAGACGUCACCAGAGCUGUGCCGGCACAUUGCCGACGCGGCCGCCUCUAGUCGCCGCAUCCACGGGCUCGGCUUGUACGACCAGUGGGAGAAGCUCGUUCUGCAGCCGCUAGCGCAGCUCGACAGGGAGGCGCUCCCGCACCCACUCGUCGUAGUAGUGGACGCGCUGGACGAGUGCGACAACAACGACGACGUCUCGCUCUUGAUUCGAUGCCUGGCAGCGGCGGUGACUGUCGAGCACGUCAAUCUCAAGGUAUUUGUCACAACGCACCUAGCAUAGGGGUUUUCUUUAUGCACGCGACCACAGGAGAAACUUGCUACUCUAAUAUUCGUUGACAAAUGGCAUGUCCAAAGCAGGUAUGUACAAUGUUGGUCGUA